UAAUGCACUGAUGGCACCUUGCAACAGGUAUAACAGGUUAGAAAUGCUAGCACCAAUAUAGCAACAAAGCAGACACUGUCUCGUACUGACAACCGUGUUGAUUUUUGGAUUAUUUUCCGGAUUUAUGCGACAACUGAUGGAGAUAAUUCAGAAGAGGCAAUUCUAUUAUUUGUCCAGGGCAACAUCAUUUGGAUUGGCACAAAAGUUCUGUGAUACAUUGAUAGAUAAAGCGCUUGUGUUAUCAACUCAUACCUGAUGCUUGUUGAAAACCACAUGAAGUUCAAUUCGAAAUCGGCCGCCUAGGAUGCAUUAAAACUUUAAUAGGAUAUAAACACAACGCUACAAGAUGGUGAAGUCAGACCCAACCAAGAAGAAAACCACUGCCACACAGACACUUCCGGAGACACUGAAAGAUGGGACCGAAAGUGCCUCAGAUUUCCCUGACCAGUCGGGCAAGUCCACACAGGAUUCCAAUCGGGAUGGGAAGGGACGAGCAGUCGAUAUUGAUGAAGGCCAUGAGCCAAUCAAAGGUGCAGAGAACAGUUCAAAAGAUAUUGGCGUAAUAUCUGAUUCGCCUGCAUCGCCCGAUAGCAGCCAUCAAUCAAAUAUUGUAUCAAAUAAAGAAACCGCUGUAGCGAUAAAUACAGAUGAGUUACACACGAGAACAAUCGCCGAGGAUCAAUAUGAGUCCAUUAGCAGAACGGGAGAGAAAAGCGAGGUCGAUGUAGGGAUAAAUGCAACAGAACGGUCAAAUGGAGGAGGUGAGGACAUGGAUGGCGACAAUGAAAUGGAUAAGGUUAGAGACAGCAAAAUGGUUAAGGUUGGCAACAGAGAAACAGCUGAGGUUGACAACAGUGAAAUGGAAUACUUUGCUAAGGUUGGCAAAAUUGAAACAGGACUUGCUGAAAAUCGAAGAGUAGAAGUUGGACAUGAUUCUGACUCGAAUACAGGGCGACUUGCGCAGAUAGGUGAAGUUGACAGUGCGGAUGAACGCAGUGAGGACAACGUUCAGCUGACAGAGCGUGACGAGGAAGUGAUGAAGAAGCCGGUGAUUGUGCGGAUACCGUACGGAGGUGAUGACGAGGUUGAUGAGGAGUGGAUGGCGAUGGAUCAACGAGUUGUCGGCUUCUUGGACGACGGUGAAUGGAGCAUCUCCACAUUCAGCGAGGCUGGCGACUCGGAUGAGGAAAUCGUGCAGGCAAUGGCGGUGUCUGGUACGCCCCUCAAGAAUAUGAAAAGGAUCGAAACAAAGUUAGAAGCCAUGAUUAAAGGAAAGCAACGCCCGCGCUCAAAGUCACCGGCAAAAUCCGAAGGCUCAUCGAAGAGUAAGAAAGUUGGGAUUCAACUGCCAACGGACUCUUCGGAAUGGAGGAAGGCCGACUACACGAGUCAUGGGAUAACAUCACUGCCGCCACAGCUUUUUAAAUCCAAAGACGGCAUUCAGGAGCUGCUGAUGAGCGGGAACAACAUCAGGUUCAUCCAACCUGAAAUCAAAAAGCUGACCAACCUCGUGAAAAUCGACAUCAGCAAGAACGGAAUACGUAGCAACAGUCCGAACGACUUCGGGGGGCUCCCCCUAGAGAUGCAGCAACUAACUAAUCUACAACAGCUGUGUGCAUCCGAGUGUAACUUCCGCUAUGUUCCGCCGGUCAUCUGGAAAAUCCCGAGUUUAAGAUAUCUCGAUAUUAGCCGGAAUAAGAUACAUGUGCUGCCACCCGAUGUGGGAAAUCUCUUCAAUUUAGAAGUGCUAAAUUUGCAGCAGACUAAUAUCGUCACGUUGCCGAUAGAGAUCGUUUACUGCGAGGCGCUCGCUGAGUUGUUAUUGUGGGGAAACUCCAUGGAGAGCCUUCCUGAGACUAUGCUUGAGUUACAUAAACUGCACACCAUGAAGAUCAACAACCGCAGCUUCGCACAGCUGGUCGUCCAGGACGCGUACAUGGAGAAUUUACUCAGUAAGGGUCAGAUCCAGUCGGAACACAUACCACAGGUACUGUACGAGAUCCCACAGUUAGAGCGGAUUGACCUCGAGGAGUGUCUGAUCAAUAAUAUUCCGCAGAAAUGCCAAACAUCCCUGAAGGAGUUCCUAUUACAGAAGAACUUUUUUCAUUCAUUCCCGUCUGCCAUUUUGGAAAUGGUCAACAUGCGUACAUUGAAUCUUUCAAGUAAUUUCUUAACAGAGAUACCGACCGCCAUCGAUUCCUUAGUUAACAUCGAGACGCUCAAGUUCGACAAUAACCAGAUUGCAAAAAUCCCGACGACGAUCAAGAAUCUACAAAACUUGAUUGAUUUUCGGGUUGGAAACAACAAGAUAACUAAACUGCUCCCAGAGAUCAGCGAGUUGAAAAAUCUCCGCAGGUUAUUUGUCAAUCAGAAUAAAAUCAAAGAGCUGCCUGAAAACAUUAGUAACUUGAGCUUGCUUGAGACUUUUGAUCUCACGGAGAACGAAUUGAAAUCCUUACCUCUUGACAUGUUCAAGAUGACGGGGUUAAAGACGGCUCACACGUAUAAUCACUACGAGAAAAGCGGCUUGUGGCUGCACAAGAACCCACUAAAGAAUCCGCCAGAACAAAUCUGGAAAACCGAAAACCCACAGAAGAUCUGGACGCACCUGCGCCGCCAGCAGAUCAUCCAGACCGAGAAUCUUCAACGACAGAAGAUCAUCGUUUUGGGUGAUUACCAAGCUGGUAAAACAAGCUUUAUCAACGCGCUGGUACUCGGGAAGUCGGUCUUGACAACAUCCGUCAAAGAUUCGACAGCAGUGAUGAGCGAAAGACGCUGGAAAACCGCCAAUAAUGUCGAAUUCAUCGUGCUUGAACUUGGCGGGGAUACCAACUACCGCAUCAUUCAUCCCCUCUUCCUGGAUGAGAAGGCGUUGUACAUCAUCAUUUACGACCAUCGCUUCUACAACUCCUCAAACUUUCAGCGCACGAUUGGUCAGUGGAUUGACAUGCUCCAAAUGCAUGUGCCAGGUGCUGUCGUGAAGAUCGUCGGGACGCAGAGUGAUUUGUGCUGCGAUGAUUUCUAUGCGAAGAAUGAGGAAAGUGUCAAAAAUGAUUUGGAAAAUCAUCUGCGGGAACAUCGGACCCGAGUGAAGACGAUGCGAGAAACCGCCAAGUCCAUGAUGGCAGAGGAAAGAAGUGAGGGCACCACCUCUGGGCAUUCACGUAAACAACUCAAAGUCCAAAAGAAAAAGGCGGAGAUGAUCGUGAAGAACCAGUUGAAGAUUGUGUCAAAUGUUACAAUCACCCACUCCAACGAGGGUACCCCUGGAAUCGAGGACAUCAUCAAUGACUUGGAAACGAUGGUCAUCAACAAAAAUCUCUUCCCAGAUGCCCAGCGUGUUAUCCCGAAUCACUGGACGAGAUUCCGCGCCAAACUCAACAUGCACCCAGGCCGUUACGUCACGAUGGACACCGUUCGACAACUUGCUCACAAUUUCCAAAUCACAGAUCCAAAAGAGCUGCAGGCCAGCUUGCAAUUCUUCCGUGAUACUGGUGAUAUCAUCUGGUUUGCCAAGAGCCCCACUCUCCAAGACAUUGUAUUCCACGUACCUGGCUACCUGGUCGAGCUCAUCCAGUGCCUGUACCGACAUGACCUCAAAGAUUACAUGGACUAUGAGACGAACCGGGUGUUCAACAGCAGGGGGAUGUUCAACUCGGAAACCUUUGACCAAGCUAAAGAAGAUUUCUUUCAAUCUGGUCAGAUUUCGCGCCCUCUACUCAGAUGUUUGUGGUUCUAUGUCAAAAUAACCUACGACGAAUUUGCAGAUAUGGUGCAACUUGUGCCCAAGUUAGACUUGUUUUAUUAUAUCCCGCAACCAGAUAUACCAUCAUCGCACUCUUACCGUGAAGCAUUGGUGGUCAUGCCCUGGUACAAUAAGGACGUUCAACCCAAGGACAUCAGUGACCUCUGGCCAGAUAAAGUCCCUAACAGCCAAACAGAAAUGCGAAUCAAGUACACAUUCCCCGUUCACUACCCGGAGUCAAUCUUCGAGAAGUUUUCCGUGCGCUUACAAAGUCACAUAAUCAGUCGAAUUGACUGGCAGGACAUGCUGUAUGCCACAACUGAAGGAGAGAGCAUCCUAGUGCAGAGAUCGCUUGAUACUAAAACUUACGAUCUCCAGAUCAUUAUUUCUGUGCGCGGAGAGUUAGAGGCAGGGCGGGCACUGAUUGGUCAGUUGUACAGCCACAUGAAGCAGAUUCUAGAGGCACUCCAUGGGUUGCUCUGGGUCGAGAGGUUCGAAAUAUCAAACACAAGUUCUCCACUGGAGGUGUGUUUCCCGCAGGAAAUCGUGCAACUAUGAAUACAGGGGUAGGCAUUGUAUUUGUGUUCAGGCUGCAAUGACGGGGUUGAUUAACAAAUCUGCUGGGAGACGUCACUUGCUUACCUUUUCACGGCACCCUAGAAGGCCAUUUUUUAAACAAAUGAAGGAUUGACACUCUAAUACUGUUCGCCUGCAGAUGGUAAUUGCGAACUUUGGAACUGAUGACUUUUGAGUGACGAUUAAACUAGGGGGUCAAGUAAGGUACCUUUGAUAAUUUUGGAAGAUUCAGUAAGUGGACAGAACUUACCAAAAAGCUACAAUGGAUAAUGUACUCUCCUUUCACUUGAAGGUCAGUGGAAAAUACUUCUCUUUAGUGCCUUGCCCUUUUCAUUAUCUUUCUCAAUGAAGAAACUGGUUUGAGGAGUACCACUACCAGGUCUCAUGUUGAUGGUGGCUGAACCAAUAGCACUACAGUUAAUGCUUGUAAAGGAGGUUUUCAUGUUUAAGAUCAAAUGACCUUUCUCAUGUGAAAAGAGCGUUUUUGCAGAUACAUGUGUAGAAUUUGUAUAUAAGUGUAUAAUUUAUUUUCAAAGUCAAAAGCUGUGAUAGCAGAAGGUUAGGACAAUAUUGCUGCUUUUUUGAAAUUUCAUAUGAGCUACUUAUGAAAAACUAGUGCGACUAGGAGUAAAGGAAUAUCUGUAGCAGGGCACUUUAAGCAAAAUUAGAUGUUACAGGAAGAGAACUACUGAUUAAAUCCUACAUAGCUAUGAUAUUUAGGAAUUAGACAUUCUGAUGGUCAUGAUCAUAAAUUAUGUGUCAUCGUCCAAAUUUGGGCUUUUGCCUUAUGCUUGAAUAAAUCAGUGAUUUUUGAUAA